UGGCGCGUGUUACGCAUGAAUUGCGUAAUGUGACUGACGUAAUGACAUCACGAGGCCUGUGUGGAAAAGGCGGAAGAGCCGAAGAAAACAAGAGACGCAACGGUGGCGUCUACCACUCCCGACAUUAAACCUGGAAAAGAGUAUUCUGGCUUUUAAACAAUCCUUAGUUCGUUUCUUUAGCUGUCGGUGGUUUGUUUACAGUUAGUUCCGCAGGUCUUUUACACAUUUACUUCCAUAAUGUCGCUCAUAGCCAAGAUUUUCGGCGGCGGUGGAAAGGGUUCGAAGGAGCCGUCACCUCAGCAGGCUAUCCAGAAACUUCGAGACACAGAGGAGAUGUUGGCGAAAAAACAGGAGUUCUUGGAAAAGAAGAUCGAGCAGGAGGUGCAGACGGCCAAGAAACAUGGCCUAAAAAACAAACGAGUGGCCUUACAAGCUUUGAAGAGAAAAAAGCGCUACGAGACACAGCUGGCUCAGAUCGAUGGGACCUUGUCGACCAUCGAGUUCCAGAGGGAGGCGCUAGAGAACGCUAACACCAACACAGAAGUGCUCAAGAACAUGGGCUACGCUGCCAAGGCGUUACAAGCGGCACACAAAAGCAUUGAUGUAGACAAUGUCCACGAUUUGAUGGACGAUAUCACGGAACAGCAAGAACUAGCCAAUGAAAUCUCAGAGGCCAUUUCCAAACCAGUGGGUUUUGGAGAACAAUACGACGAGGAUGAACUGAUGGCUGAACUGGAGGACUUAGAACAGGAAGAGCUGGACAGAAAUCUCCUGGAAGUUCCUGAAACAGACACACUUCCCAGUGUUCCUUCUACAUCACUCCCAGCCAGACCAGUCAUGAAGGAGGAAGACGACGAUGAUGUUGCUGAACUGGAAGCUUGGGCUGCCAACUGAGCCAGUUUGUCGCGGUGGCCAGCUCCUGCUGCUCCUCUGUCUCCCUGCUAGCUGCACAGCUUCUCCUCCCCCUGGAGGACGGACAGAGACUGUGGGUUGCCACCGAGCUGGCUGCUGCCCAUACUGCUCUUUUAUUCAGUCCGCAUCCCCACAUCUGUCCACGCCCAGACCCUGGAGUACACAUUGGUUCACGUUUGUAAAAAGAAAAAAAAAGUGGGGUGGUGUGAAGGCCAAGCUUCUCUCCUCUGAUUGGCCGCUUUUCCUUUUACACUCCAGUUCAGCCCUUUUGUUUUCCUUAAAAGAAAUUAUGACAGAGAGAGAAAGGUUAGGUCAAACGUGUGUUGACUGCAUACUUGAAGAGAACAGUGUGUGUGUGUGAGUGAAGGAACACGGCAACGUUUGUUCCUGAGAAAAAUCAAACACGACGCGGGAAGCAAAAUCCAAGAAAUCACAGGAAGACGUCACAGCCAUUUCUUAGUUCUCCACGUUGUCACUGCAGACAGACCGCCGCGACCCGACUCUCUGCUACAUUGAAACCAUAGCUAACGGUAGACGUGUAGCUCUGUCCAAUUAGAAUAUUUUCUCACAAUCGUCACAUUCUGUUUUUUUUUUCCCCUCACUUUUUAAACCAAAUGUUUCUAGUAAAAAAAAACAAAAACAAAAGAAAGGAAACUCAUUUGUUCACCUCCCCACACACGCACAGUGACGUCUUCCGAGAAACACACAAACUCGCAGAGUUUAAAAGAAUCAGAUAGGAAAUGGUUGGUUGUUUUUAUAUAUAUAUAUAUAUAUAUAUAUUCUCUAUAACACACAAAGCUGGAUUCACCCCCGCCUCCCCGCUCCUGUUUUUCUGCAGUGAAGGUAAAAAUUCGAUUUCAAUGAAAAGAGAAUUUGGCCUGUCUUCAGCUCCUGCUCUCCGUCUGUGCUACAGCACCACCUAUCUAUAUCCAUCUGCAGAUACACUAAGCUGAUGAAAGCUUAUUUACAACAUUUAUCAUUUAUCAAUGAAUAAAAAAAAUAAUAAAUCAAAUCAAUGUUCAUUAUCUUCAUACAGUUACCUGGAUAAAGGAUUGAAACACUUUUGUUCAAACAGACUUUUCUACAAAUGCCAUAUAUAGAUUUUUUCUCUCUCUCUCUCUCUCUCUCUCUCUCUUUUCAUCUGUUUUAAAUCCAUUACUAUUCUUUUGACCUGAAGUCACCUCGGCUCGGAGCUCCACAGGCUCAUGGACAUUUCUCUGUGUGCAGCCAUGUUGCUCUGCGCCUGCUGAUGCUGUUCUGUUGUCAACACUUGACCUUGAAUAAAGUUGCAAUAUGAUAUCUCAUCUUUACAAAA